AAGGGCGGGAUGAAGUUUACUAGCUUGUUUUUAGAGAUAAUGUCAUCGGGUAAAAGUCUGUUAAUAACGGCGUCUUGGUCGAAAAUAUUAUUUGCGAGGACUUUUGCUCUUUUGAACAAGCCCAAUGUGAGCGAACAGAUCCGCCAGCUCCCUCGACACCCCCAAGCCCAUUACACAGCGGGGCUCCGGGGCUUCAGCAGCGCCUCUGUCCAGGAGAAGUCCGGGGGUUCGACUCCCUCUGAGGACAACAAAAUACACUUGACAGAGUCAUGUGUGAAGAGACUAUCAGAAAUCAUGGAGAAAGGCGAGUUCCUGAGAAUACACGUGGAGGGAGGAGGCUGCUCUGGGUUCCAGUACAAGUUUUCUGUAGAUCGGAACAAGAACGAGGAUGACAGAGUGUUCGAGGAGGGAGGAGUGGGCGUUAUCGUGGAUCAGGACAGUCUGGAGUUCGUGAAAGGAGCCACUGUGGACUUCAGUCAGGAGCUGAUUCGCUCCACCUUUCAAGUGCUGAAGAACCCUCAGGCUGAUCAUGGCUGCUCCUGUGGAAGCUCUUUCUCUGUGAAACUAUGAUCAAUACUUUGAUUCAUCAGUUUAGGAGGUGUUUUAAUACAAAUUAUUAUCAUAUAUUCAUAAAUGCUAUUCUUGUUCACCAACAAGAUAAGUGUGAUUGCUAAUUUAAGUCAAAAGCAUUAGAUCAUUCAGGUUAGUCUUGUUCUAAAUUAAUAAUUCUUGUCGUUACAUUCAGACAUGUUGGCACAAUUGCAUGAGUAUUACCCUAAUAUGUCGUAAAUGUGAGAGAUUAAUUGCACUACAGCAAUGAAGAUGUAAGCUUUAAUUAAAAAAAAAAAAAAAACACCCAUCAGCACAUCAAGGUUUAGUUUGUCAAAUAAGAAGCUUCACUGCCCCCCAAACGUUUCAAGUCCUUCAGUUAGUUUGACCUGAUAGUAUGACGUCUUGUCAUAAUGUUUCAUCGGAGUAUUUGAAAUAUUGUCGCCAAAACCCAACCUUAUCUGCAGCUCAGACUGGUAAUCAAACCUGAAUUGAUUUAAAUGUUGCUGCUGCUAAUUUUCCUCAGUAAAACAAUAAAAAUAGAAUGA